AUUUUUUUUACGCGUGUACUUCCCUUUUCAAUAAAAACAUAAUUAAUUUCGGCUUUCCGCUAAAAUGACACUUGAUUUUGUGUCAGAAGUGGACCGUCGAUUUUUUGCAAAUAAUUUACUCACAAACGAAGAUUGGGACAUGUCAGAGUUGAACGUCCCUCAUGAAGAAUUUCCCGACAUAUCUGAUCUUCUAGAACUGGAUGGAACGGUCACACAUGACAGCUUUCUGGAUCUGUCCGAUGAACAUAUUUCUGUGAAUCCCAUUAGCUCAGAGUCUCCACAACAUUCUGAUUUUAAAAACGAGAAACCUGAUCCCGACGACUGUUGGCGAGAACACAGUGAUAGUUCUGACAGUGGAAUAUAUGGUACACACAUAAAAGAAGAACCUCCAUCCCCAAUAUCUUCCAAUGUAUCAGAGACUGGCUCAGAAGGUUAUGGUUCAGCAUCAGACAACACAAUCAUUCAACUCCCCACAGAGAUAAAAUGUGAAGGAACUUCACCCGUUACCACGUUGUCAUUCGGCCCUUCAUCCCCCCAGACAGCAUUUUCAUUCCAUAUCGCAGACGACGAGGCACUUAGUCCAGCCACAGAUUCAUUGUAUCAUGGAACUGUCCACGGCAGUGUUGUGAACAUUAACUCGAUCCUCAACUCAAAGGUUAAAAUUCAGCCGAAGCCUUAUGAAAAAAUCUCUACUCCAACAGCUAAAAAGCCACUGUCUCAAAAUGCACCAUUGGUUGUGACACCUGCAGAAUUUGCAAAGCUGACUGCAGCGGGGAAGAUUUGUUUUCAACAUCCAGAAAGUGCAUCGGUAUCGGCAAUGUCGUCUGUGAUAGCCAUUCCUAAUGGUCUCGGUGCCUCUCCCCUCACUGGUCUUACCGGCACCCAUACAGAUAAUGAUGGAGAUCCCAAGAUUGUGCGACGUCAGCAGCGUAUGAUCAAGAACCGUGAAUCGGCUAGUCUGUCCAGGAAACGCAAGAAAGAGUAUUUAUCUAUAUUGGAGGUGAAGUUGAGAAAUUUUACGUCAGAAAACCAAAAGCUGAAACAGGAAAAUGAGACGUUGAAAAGGAAAUUAGACUCGUUACAGAUUGAGAAUGAGAAGUUGAAGACUGUCUCAAUAUCGUCUGCUAAGAAGAUGUGCCUGUUUGCAGUUUUUGUUUUGUUUACACUCAAUCUAGGUCCUAUCAGUGAUAUUAUUACUAAUAAUAGCAACAGCAUUCCUGUUAUGUCCAAUAACUUAGUGCAUAAGGGCAGACAACUGAUGUCUGUGGAAGAAGAUAGGAGUCUGUCCUUCGUGGCCACUCCUAAACAGUUGUGGUCGCAUCCUGCCGACACGGUGUUCAGGCGACUCCAGGAACUGUCCGCAGAGAUGGAGUCCAGUUACUCGGCAGGAAAAAUCAACCAGACAGAUUUUGAGGCAUUGAUGUGUCCUAACUACCUGAAUGCCACAGAGUCUAUGAGACUUGCUGAACAACUGGCUGGUUGGAUGAUCAGACACGAAGAACAGAAGACGAAGACUGCGGCAAGAAGGAAGCAAAAGAGGAGAAAAGAAAUACAUCCCGUUAACACACUGAAGAAAGCACUACAUGGCGGAAUGAAAAAACUUGAUACGGAAUACCUACGAGCUGCCGAAGCAAGAUACCAGUUGCAACUAUUCCAAGGAAUGGGAGACAAGAAGGGAUUUUUUGAAGCCAUUCAUCGCAGAAAUGAUACAUUCUAUGUGCUGUCAUUCAACUCGGACUAUCUGCUGGUUCCUGCAAUAGCACACAACAAGACUAUGAGACCAAGGAUGUCGUUGGUUAUGCCAGCUGUUGCUCUUAAUGAAUCGAUGCAGCCUCCGCCUGGCAGUAUUGGUAUGAUGCAGAUUGACUGCGAGGUUCUCGACACCCAGCUCAUCCACGUACACAAGUCGGUUGUACCUGAACAGGCUCACUCCCGGGCCAACCACACAUUCCACUAGUCUGGGACGCGGCAGAACCGGGACAGUCACUCUCACUCUUCAUCUGACACUCGUCAAUUUGGGAAAUACACACAGUAUAACCUGAUGCUUUUUACAGUGUUCAAGAAAUGUUUGAGAAAGUCACUAGCCCUCCCGAAAGCUUUGGCUUGUGCACUAUGUAUUAUAUAGUAAUAUAGUUGAUAUUUUCCACUAGCCCAGAUCUAAAAUUCACAAGCUGGGACCAAGGGCUAGCGGAUUUGUCGAACCCUGCUUUUUAUUAAAGGAGGAAUUUAAGGAAAAGAAUGGAAUUCUUGUUUAAUACUCCAUUUUGAUUGGCUGUUUAUGGAGUAUUCCAAGUUUGCUGUUGCAAUUUUAAAUGAAUUUUGUCUAUAUUUAUAUAAAUGACUUAAUAGUAUUAUAUAGUUGACUUCAGUUUUUUUCAAUGAAACAAAUUAUGCAUUAAAGUCUAAUGGAUUGCACUGACUAAUGUUAAACUAAUUACAAUUUAAAAAGUCAUGUGUUCUAUUCCGAAAUGUUUGUUUUUUUGGUCAAUGGUAAUAACAAAACAAAAUGGACAAUUAAGGAAACUUAAUAGUUGAAUGAAAUUUUCUUUUAGAACAUUAAUUAUAUUUUCUUUUAAAAAUUUUAAAUAGUUAAUUUUUCUUCAGUAAUGAAGAAAUGAUCUGUAUUUGAUUUAGUAGUUGAGUUACUUAGUGCUGUUGGGUUCAUAUGUGUUGAAAUUAUUGUCAAAGAGUUAACAUGUUGUGUAUUAUUUUGAUAUUGGUUUGUACAUUUGUCUGAUAAGAUUAUCACAAAUACUUGGUAAUAUAUAGCAUAUAAGUAGUAUAUUAGUUGAUAUUUAUUUAUGUACAUGUGCAAUAAUUCUUAUGAAAUUUAAAAUUACAGAUUUUAUUAUAAUUUUCAUAUUUUCGCCACAAGCAAGCAUAUCUUGCUGAGUAUCAUCAUACUAAAUAUUACUAUUUUAGGAAUAGUGACUACAAUAUUUGAUAAAAAUUAUUAGUAGUUGUGAAUUUUUUAAAAAAAAUUUCAAUGAAUAUUUGUCAGAUAUAUGGGAAGGUUUUCAAUUUUUUUUUAAUUUGUGUUUUGGCUAGUUUUUUGAAGUUAGGAAGUUUGUGAGAAAUACAUGAAAGGCAGCAUGUGGUGUACUGAAGUAAAUACAUUGCUUAAAGUUUGGCAGCAAUAUUCAGAGGAAUCUUCUCUUUUCUUUUUCUUUUUCUGUUUUUUUUAUUUUAUUAUAUGUUUGUUUAUGCUCAGUUCAUUCAAGAACUUAUAAACAAAUUUGCUAUGCCAAAGUUUAACUUUGAUGAGAAAAAGUGUUGAUUCGGUUUAUUUGUUUUGGGGAAACUUUUUAUGGUUUGUUCCUCGUACAUUAAGUUUUAUUAAACUAUUUCAUUCACAGAUAUAUGAUGAAUAAUAAAUUGAUCUCUGAGUUAUUUUUUUCUUGGCAAUUCAGAUGAAAGCUGAAUCAUGAAAUUCAAAUUACUUAAACCAAUUUAUUUGUUUUAAUUCUGAUAGUUUGGAUUAGUGUAUAGAUUUUGUCAUAUAUGCUCUGGGUGUUUACAGUAUGACAUUGUACACAUUUUGUUUUAUUGUCGUAUUAUUGUUGUAUAGGUUGGAGGAAACCUACAGUGGAACCAUUUCUUCUUCUUUCUGUUUUAAAUCAUCAAAUAAAUAAACUCAGCAUAAAUAGCUUUUAAAUAAUUACAGUGCCUUUUAAAAUUUAGCCUAUGGGCAAUUGAUGUUUUCCUAUGCAGUUUUUAAUAUAAUUACAGUGUUCGAUAUUAACGGUAUCCCGAUAUCCCGGGGAUACCAGAAUUUAAUUUUGGAUACCAGACUUCAAAAACCCAUUAUCCCACCGGGAUACCAUAUAAUGUUGGGGUUUUUUUAAUCAUGCAUUUUUAUUUUUCACUAAAACAAUGAAAGUCGUCAUAUACUUUUGAAGUUAAGUAACAGUAUUUUCUAGCUCGUACCCGGUAUAAUGCUACGCCGUAACAAUAUUUCCCCCUACUCGUACCCAGUCUAAUGCUACACUGGAGCAAUAGCGGCAUAGCACUUGCCUGGGAACUGCUAAGUCGCUAUUGUUUUUAUUGGAAGUUUUCUCCCUUCAAAUUUUAUUUGAGAUAUUGAUUCCACAUCUGCAGAAAAUUGAUACAGUUUAUAAUUUUUAAUGUCAGAAACACCUAUGGAUUACUGCUAAAUAUUAAUUUAUGUCAUUAUUAUGCAAAAAUAGAUGCAGCAAAUAUUUUUGCCGAUUCCAUUUGAUUGCAAAUAUCACGAAUUGCGGUGUAGCAUUAGAUUGGGAAUGAGAACAGUGUUGGCCAAGUUUGUUAUGAUGUUAUUUAUGAAUUUCAUUUAUGUGGGAUACCAGAUUUUGAAAUGUUAGUAUCCAACAUGUUUAAUCUCGAACACUGAAUUAAUAAGAAUGUCUUUAUGAAGUUGCUCUUAAAAUAUUAUGUUCUAGCUGCAUAUAUAAUUGAUUACUUUUUUCUUUUUAAGUUUAAAAGUUAGAUGAGGUAUGACAGAUAAAGUUAUGUUCUUUUAUUUAAUUUUGAAAAUGAAUUUUGACAGUGUGGUUGUAAUGACAGAAGCAACUGUUAAUCAAUGUUAUCCAGUCUUGCCCAGUUUAAUAUGUGUACUGGAUUGCUAUUAAUGUUGUUAGUGUGUGGAAAUAUUUGUUCAGUUGAUUUAUGGGACCAGAUAUCUUUUAUGACAAAGUGACUGAAAAAAGUGCUUCUUCAGAAAAUAUUGAGAUUUACUGUGUAUUCGAAACUGCAUUCACAAAAUGUUGAGAAUACAUUCUUGUCACACCACUAAGUGUGGUAGUUUGAGAUUUAAAAACAGGAACAUGUACACAAACAUGUUUUCGCCUCUUUGAAACAUUCAGGAAUAUGUUCAAUUCAACAGAACAGUCUCAAAUACAUGGCUUGAGUCAUGGUUUCAAAAAUGUGUCUUAGCAACUUCUCUUUUAUAUUUCACUUUCAAAAACUGAAUUGUUUUUCAAUAAAAGUUCACAUUGCUAAAAUUGGAUAAAAGAUCCGACAUUACAAAAUUUGAAAAAAACAAACCCAAACUAACCAAAUUCUUUAGUGACUGAUUACCAGGGUAUUGUUGUCAGUCUUGGUCCAACCCAACAAUUAGAAUUUAUUUCUUACGCACACUGGGUUGUUGGCUUCAUGGAAUGGUAAUAUUUGAAAUGAUAAAUGUUGACAUCGAUUAAUGAACUGGAUACAGAUUUUUGAAACUAUCUUUGUGCUAUGAUAUCAUAAAACCAUCAUAAGCUGUGACAUUACUCUGACACGUGCUAUAGCCGAAGACAGUUUUACAGUAUAAUAGCUCUAGAAUAGCUUUGAAAAUAUUGGUGCCAAUUCAUAGCCAUACUCAUUCAUUAUUCAUCACAUCAGUUUGAAGAUGCUGUUGCAAAAUCAUCGAAUUGUUUUUCUACCUACAUAUUCAUUUAAUGAUUGUUGUGGUGCUAAAUAUUGUGUUUUAUCAUUCCAAUUUUAUUAAGAUUACUGUUGAGCACGUGUCAAAGUUUUGUAAUUGUAAUCAUGUUUUGUGUGGGAUAUAAUUUUCAUAAACAUUAAAGUGCAAUGAGCCAUGUCUUGAAAAGUGUCUAGUGAACUGAUAAUAGAAAUAUUUAGAAAUGUGAAUAGUUCAUUUCCAAAAUACAAUAAAUGCCAAUUUCCAAAUUUUGGAGUUAGCAGUGACAGUAUUCUGAUGUUAAUACCACUUAGCUAUGCAACAAUAUGUUUCUAUCAAAACAAUAUUUAUGCCCAUUAAACCAAAUCUUAAAAUUACGCUAUCUCUCAUUGCAAAAAAAAAACUAUUUUUUUCUCAGAAUGACCGAACUGGAUGUAUUGUGUUUGGAUAUAAACUCUUCAUGUACUGAUAUUAUAUCAGCCAUUAAAAUAUUCAUGUGUGUAAAAUGAUGAAUAAAUUUAAUAACAAAUGUAAAAUUAGUAUGCAAAUGACAGUGCCUUAACAUGAGCACCAGGAUGAUACUCUAUUGCGAGAGUUUGAGAUGUUAUUAUGAGGAACAUGCAAGUUGUUAGUCAUAUUUUUAUUUACCUGACUGGUUUUUACAACAAAGUUAGAAGCUUUUUAUCGCAGGUAAUUCAAACAUAACGUACGACCAUCAUAGCAAGACAAUGUAUGGGAUUGUCAUAAUGUUUGAGGUCAUUAAUCAAAAAUAGAAAUUUGGAAUUUAUGCAUUUCAGACUGACCCAUCUAAUGCAUUUAUUUUAAUUGUACUCCACUAACAUGAUGUGUGGGAUAUCUCUUCAGAUUUGUUGGUUAAAGGGAUUAAUGAAUUAAUAUUAAAAACUUCCACUAUUGAACUGGUUUCAUAUCAUGCUUUGGUAGUGGGUUAAAAAAAAAAAAGUAUUAUAGCAUUUAGUAUUUGAUAUAUUGAUGAAAAUGUGCAUGUUUGUAAAUUACAUGUAGAUAUAUUAAAAUCUGAUUUGUUUCCAAAUUCUAAGUUAAACUUAGUAAAAUGUUAACACAGGAAGUAAUGCAUGCAUAUUACUUGCCCAACACUUUUUCAAACAACUUAUAAAAGCAUUAAGAAUCUGUACUCAGAUUCCAUACGUCUGAUUUUAGUCCUUUUCCGUGAAUGUUAAAUCCAGAUCUAAGGCUACAUAAACACUGGUUCAAAUGCCUUAACAGCAAAAAUAAAAUAUGUUACCUGGUGUUAAUAAUUUUAUGUGUAUUCAUUGUUGAUCUCUAAACCUUUAAAUGCAGUUUUGUGAAUACCGUAUGCAUAAUGUUGGUGAUAACCAGUCUUAGAAUGUUCUACGAAUGAAAGAAUUGUACAAUAUUAUAUAUAUAUUAUGAAUGUAAAUUCAUUUACAUGAAUGUGGAGGAGAAACAAUAUUUAUUUAUGUUGAAAUUGUAUUAUUUGUAUAUGCUUUUUGUCUCACUUUUACAAAGUAAAAAUGUGAGAUAUAAAUAUUACUUGUCUGAUGGCAGCAGUGUCAGUGAAGUGUCAACUUUUGUGUGAAAGUUUUGCCUUUAGAUUAGUUUGUCACAAACUACAAGUCCUAGGUCAGUGAAACUUGGUUUAUAGUUGCACCUGUGUAUGUUCAUCACAGUACAACAAAAAUGUUUAUGGUAGGCGAGACAUUUAAUUCUGCAGAAUGUUGUUUUUUUUUCCCCACAGUGGUCAUCAAAUUAUGUGUUGGGGCUUUUUCCUUAUUUAUUUUGCAGUAUUGCAUUGAUUUUUGUUGGUAAAAUUAUAUUUUGUAUCUGGUGUAUUUUUACUGGCCAUGGAAUUGUACCUUGUGUAGUUUUUGUUUUGUUUAACAGCAUAUGAAACUAUUACAGCAUUUAUAAUUGGGUUAACUAAAUUCUGGUUUGUCUAAAUAUACCGAAGGACGGGUUUAAUUUAAUGUAAUCCAAUUUUCUCAUGAAAUAUUCCUGAUCAACUAAUUUAGUAUAUGCAGGAUGAAGAAAGAGUGGCUGGUGUAUUUCAUGUGCUAUGCUUUUAUAUGAUGAUCCCGAAAGCAAAAAUACCAUUGCUAGGUCUUGUUGUGUUUGACACUUGAAACCAACACAUUAAUGUCAUAGCAAACUCAUUUAAUGGUAAUAAGAUACAAUGUCAUGUUCCGAAUUUGAGACUUCAGUCUACAUGUUCUGACAUACAAAAUGUAUUUUGGCUUUCAGUCUAAAUAAGUGGUUCCUAUGUGGCGACAGUGGGGUUCCUCUAAAAAUCAGUGUCAGAAUGACCAUAUGUUUGAUGUCCAAUAGCUGAUGAUAAGAUAAAAAACCAAUGUGCUCUAGUGGCGUCGUUAAAUAAAACAAACUUUACUUUUUUUUAAAUCAGUGGUUCUUAAUAAUGCAGAGUCAUUUUGCUCUGUAUUCCCAUAACAAGAACCACCUCCCCUCAUUUAAUGCUAUAUUUGUGGGUCUGUGCUUAUAAAACAUUUAGCAAUCCCCUGACUUUUUUAACUAUAUACUAUUUGCAUGAAUGAAACUUUUAUAGCUUGAAGUCUAGGCUAUAAAGUUGUAUGAGAAUGGGUCCAGGUAUCCUCUUGAAGUGGCAGCCCGGUUCUUAAUGUCAUAUUGCAGAUGAGAAAAAUAACGGUACAAACUAGUGCUAGAGAAUAGUUGCAUCUACAACAGGUAGAACAUUUAGCAAUCCCCAGACUUUUAACUAUAUACUAUUUGUAUUAAUGAAACUGGAGUCUAGAUUAUAAAGUUGUAUGAGAAUGGGUCCAGGUAUCCUCUUGAAGUGGCAGCCCGGUUCUUAAUGUCAUAUUGCAGAUGAGAAAAAUAACGGUACAAACUAGUGCUAGAGAAUAGUUGCAUCUACAACAGGUAGAACAUUUAGCAAUCCCCAGACUUUUAACUAUAUACUAUUAGUAUUAAUGAAACUGGAGUCUAGAUUAUAAAGUUGUAUGAGAAUGGGUCCAGGUAUCCUCUUGAAGUGGCAGCCUGGUUAUUAAUGUUGUAUUGCAGAUGAUAAAAAUACCGGUAACCAACUUCGUGUUCGAGAAUAGUUGCAACUACAACAGGUAGAAAUUUUUUAUUAGCAGCAAUGGCAGCAUUUUUAAAGUGUUGUAUGUUUUAUUGGCUUAACACAACUACACAAUUUUGUAAUUUUAAAUGGUUUCAGUUUGACUGCACUAAUGCUGCAUUCAUUUGGUAAACAUUGAGACAGAAAAUCUUACCCAUUUUUCACAAGUGCUCAUGGGUUAUUUCACCAAACGAACACUCUUCACUACUUGUGAAUUGGGAAAUAUGAUAUUCACGACUUUUAAUGAAUGCAGCCUAAAACUGAAGAGGUAUGCUUGUGUGUGUUGACAGUUUAGUCAAUACUAGUUACAACUACAUUGUACAUGAUUUAUGAAUACUUAACUGCAGUACUUUAUAAUGGGUAUCUCCCACUAAACCACAUGAUUAAGACCCUAGUUUUUAACCACUAUGGUAUAUUUUUCAAUAGCAAGAGCUAUUUUUAAUAAUUGAAAUCCGACAUUUUCUUUUGUACUUCACCUGACCUCAAACAAUGGCAUAUUUCCCAAGGGAUAGUAGUCUGGUCUGCUACUCCUAGGGCAAUAUGCUAUUGUUUAAGCUCCGGUUAAGUAUUCUCAAAAGAAAUAACAGUGCAAAUUUUCUCCAUACUUGGAUUUUAUUGUUUAGGUUAUUCAUUUUCGUACAUUGAAGUGUUUUUAGUCAUCUUGGUGUUUAUAAUAAUUUUAUAUGUACAACAAAAUGCACUUUCAUAUUUUUAAAAGUGCAUGAACAAAGUAACAUUUACAGAGAAGAGCUCUAGUCUAUUUUAAGGGUUUUUCUCUUUUUCAGCAUCGCAGUCAAUGUUUCACUCACAAUAACUUUAUCCUAAUGUGUUACAGGUUUGUGGAUUAACCAGACUUAAGCUGUAUCCUAACCGGAUGUGAGCGAUUAUUUUAGAAAUCAUUGAUUUCAAUUGCUGUAUCCUAACCACAUGCGUGUGUCAUGACAGAUAAAUAUGUUGCGUUGUACGCGUGUGGUUAGGAUGCAGCGAUUGAAAUUAAUGAUACAACAUUAGUGUCCAUGUUCACGGGUUGAAAGUAGGGUCUUGACUUUAAUUACAUCCGUAUGUCACAAAGUGGAACCGGUCUUUACAUUCCUUGAUAUUGUUACAGAUGUUAUUAGCUGAUGGGAAUUAACCACUGUACAAUUCUGUCAUAGAAAUUACAUUGGCUGGGUCACAUAAAUUAAUCCUUGUGUUUAUAAAUAUAGGCUGAUAUAACCUAAUAUGUAAGUUGGAUAUUAAGUACAAAUGGAGUGGUGAAAAUGCAUCUCAUGGCUAUAAUUGUUGAAAGCAUUUUGUUUAACCAUUUUAUGCAUGUAUGUUAUUUUCAUGUGAGAUUAAAAUAAAACAUUUCAUCUCG